AUGGCAACAUUAAGUUUGCAAUAUUAUAUGCAAUAAUUUUAUUCAUAAUUACGACAUUUAUAGCACAUAUAAAAUUGCAGUAUGAUAUUCUUUCACGCUCAAAUUCCAUUAUAUUGGUGCUUAGCAAAUCCUUUCUGCCAAAUAAUAGUAAAAUAAAUAAUUGGGUAGUAUUUUAUAUAUUGGAAUCCAAUUUGGGAGGCUUUUUAUGGAUUAUUUGUUGUGGGCUUAAUUUAUAAUCUAGAUUAUUGUCUUAAAUAAUAAAUUUAUAUAAUAUUUAUUGUUAUUUAAUCGUAGAUUUCUGUUACUUUCUAGGAAUCCUUUCCCAAUCUUGAGAUAGUAAAAUUUUGA